AUGCUGCGCUUUCUCUGGGAGGGCAUCUCCUUCCAGGUGCUCCUGGUCUUCCUCGUCGUCUUCCUGCUCGUCGCUGACUACAUGAAGCACAGAAAGCCAAAGAACUUUCCUCCCAGCCCCCUGCGCCUCCCCUUCGUGGGGCACUUGUAUCUGAUGAACUUUAGAGAUCCCGUGAGCUCAGUGCAGAAGCUCACUGACAAAUAUGGGGACAUUUUCAGCACGCAGAUGGGCAGCAUGACCUCUGUGUGUGUAAGUGGGCUGAGGCUGAUUAAGGAAGUUCUUGUAAACCAAGGGGAAAACUUCCUGGAUCGCCCUGAAGUUCCUAUUGAUGCAGAGGUCUUCAGCACCAUAGGACUGAUCUCCUCCAAUGGGCACUUGUGGAAGCAGCAGAGGAGGUUCACCUUGGGCACCCUCCGAAACUUUGGCUUGGGGAAGAGGAGCCUGGAGGAGCGCAUCCAGGAGGAGUGCCAGUUCCUCGUGGAUGUGUUUAGGGAUGAGCAGGGGAGUCCUUUUGAUCCUCGCUUUAAAAUCAACAAUGCUGUUUCAAAUAUCAUCUGCUCCCUUACCUUUGGCCAACGCUUUGACUACCAUGAUGAGGACUUCCAGAAACUGCUGUGGCUGAUGGAUGACACAGUUAGGCUCCACGGGACUGUCAUGAGCCAGCUGUACAACACUUUUCCAUCUAUAAUUAAGUUCCUCCCUGGAUCCCACCAAAACAUUUUUAAAAACUGGAUGUGGAUGAAAAAUUUUGUUCAAGAGAGGGUUGACAAACACAAGGAGGACUGGAACCCCUCGGAGUGCCGGGACUUCAUCGACAGCUACCUGCAGGAAAUAGCCAAGGACAAUGGCAGUGGCAGCUUCCAGGAGAAGAACCUUGUGGCGUGCGCACUCGACCUGCUGUUUGCCGGGACCGAGACCACUUCCACAACCCUCCGCUGGGCUUUGCUGUAUAUGGCCAUGCACCCAGAAAUUCAAGCCCGUGUGCACGCCGAGAUCGACGCAGCCAUCGGGCAGGCGCGGCAGCCGGCCCUGGAGGACAGGAACAACAUGCCCUACACCAACGCUGUCAUCCACGAGGUGCAGAGGAAAGGCAACAUCAUCCCAUUCAACGUGCCAAGGCUGACGACUAAGGACACGGUCUUGGAUGGCUUCGUCGUACCAAAGGGUGCUAUUAUGCUCACAAAUUUAACCUCCCUGAUGUUUGACAAGAACGAGUGGGAAACCCCUGAUGCCUUCAACCCUGGGCAUUUCCUGAAGGAUGGUCAGUUCUGGAAAAGGGAGGCUUUUAUUCCUUUUUCUAUAGGGAAGAGAGCCUGCCUGGGCGAGCUGCUGGCCCGCUCCGAGCUCUUCCUCUUCUUCACGGCUCUGCUCCAGAAGUUCACCUUCCAGGCUCCCCCAGACACCACAUUCAGCCCCCGGCCCAGGAUGGGCAUCACCAUGGCCCCAGAGCCCUACAAGAUCUGUGCUGUGCCUCGGUAG